GAGGUAGGAGUCAGGAUAAGUAAGGUGUGAGGAGGAGAAGACACAAGGAGAGUACUACCAAGGUGAAGACAACACAAGUUUACAGGAGAGGAUGGAGGGCGACAAGUGACAUUGCUACUGGACUGUAGAUUUUGAUUGAUGACCAGCAGAGGGUAAAAGGGACAAGACAACCUGUCUCGCCCUCUGGGGUGCCAAGACUGAGUAACUGGACUGACAACAUACAGCCAUCAUGGCUACAGAAAUGGAAGUUGGGAUCCAGCAAGAAGAAGAAAGGGAUGAAGCCGUUGUGGAAAUGGGCCAAAGAGCUAACACUCCAAGUACAGAUCUCGUCCAACUACCAGAGCAGCCCAAACCUACCUCAGAGGAGCCUAAAGGCAUAGAGAACACUGCAUUCGUUGGGGACCCCCCACCGUAUUCUCCCCCGGACCCUAAGAUCGCACAUCUGCUGUACCCCAAUUAUCAAACUAACUUCUCCCACUCGAUGGCUGUCAUGUACCAGUCUGGCCCAACAUUGCAGAGCGUCUACACACAUCAGAACCUGCCGCCAGGAUCGUACCCCUAUAUCAUAAAUGAUGGUUCUAUGGGCAUGCCACCGCCACCUCCCCAGCCGGAAGUGAGGACCAAAGAUUACAUGGUGGAGUCUGUGCUGGUCAUGUUCUUCUGCUGCUUCCUAACAGGCAUCAUUGCCGUGGUCUACUCUCAUGAGACCCGAACCGCUCUGAGCAGAGGGGACAUCCUGCAGGCCCAGGAAGCCUCCAGCAAGGCCAGAUCCCUUGUGCUCUUCAGUCUUCUCUUUGGAGUCUUUGUUUCGGUCAGCUGGAUUAUAUAUGUAGUGGUCGCAAUCUUUUUAUGAGAGGGGAAUG